CACCCAUCUGAAAGCUGGGAAAAUCCGUGCCACGUGACUAUGUUUACUUUAUUCUGAAAAAUCAAGCAGCCCUCCGCCACACGGCGACAACUGUGUGGCCGGAAAUGUUUUCCGUGAUUCACUGAUUAACAUCUGACUAAGUGCCAGGUACAGCUGAAUGAUAGAGAUGAACAACUCCAGGCAGAGAGCCAGAGAUCUGCUGAGCGCCUACGAUCACAGUUUGGAGCAGCAAAUCGUGGGACGAGGCUCCAACCUGGCAUGUAGCGAUGAGGAGCUAUGGAGGCAGGUGGAGGGGCCGCUGAGGGAUGGAGAUGCUCAGGAGACACACUGCCUGGGUCUGGAUCCAUUGAGGGUGAUGGAGGAGUCACUCACGUCAGCAGCAGCAGCAUCAACAGCCAGUGGUGGGCAGGUCAAAGCCAGAGGAGGGCUGCAAGGCCUGGCUAAAGCUUUUGAGGUCUUGGAGCAAGCAGCCCUGAAUCUGUACCUCGGUCCCUGGAGGGACGAGUACAAAGUAGUCAAGAUGUACUCUGGUAUGUUCACCCACUAUAUCAAGCCGGUGCUGUCGAUGCCGCAGAUUGAGAAGCUGUUCGGCCUGUUGGGAUACGAGCCCAGCUCGUCUCGGCACGAGCAACUUUUCCUCCAGGUGCUCACGGUCAGCCCCUCUUCUCCGGACGACCUCCUCCGCUUGUCUUGUGCCUUCUAUCUGGCCCGCUGUGAGUGUCGCCUCCUUCAAACGGCUCUCGGGAAGCACGUGGGUGAGGCCCAGUGGGAGCUGAGUGUGGUGAGAGAGAGGCAGAGAGGAAACAGUCUCCAGGUUGCCUUGGACAACACCAUGAAGACACUGAAAGUCAACCAGCCACCGAUAGAGCCGUGUGAUAGAGAUGUGGACAUGGAUCUGUACACAGAUGAGCAUAUCAAUGGGGGGCAGAGAGAGGUGACUCAGAGGAGUGCAUCUUCCUCUGCUGUCCAAACACACGGCGACGAUGGGACGUCCUUGUCGUCCUCAUCCACCUCCCCGUCCACCAGAGAGCACGUCUGCAUCUCUACACUCAGCUGCCAGCAGACCAAGCUGUCGCCUCUGGAGUUAGACAGUAACAGAAGAUCCUUGGCCACCAAGUGGCAGGGCAAGCAUCCCUGUGAGGAGUUGGAUUUGGACAACGCAGACUUACAGUCACAGCCAGGCAGUCUGCCGUUCCAAGCAGUGGGAUGCACGAGUGAAGCUGAAGCCAACCACUUCUGCAGCGGCCUCCAAUCCGAUCCUCGUUACUGUGCUGAAUGGGAAACUGUGCGUAACAACACCUGUGCCUUUCCUGAGCGUGGCUUAACGGAGGAGCACAGUUUGGUAACCUUUGACAGUACAGCUGAACAAAUGAAAGAGCCGGGAGCAGCAUCACCACAGAGUGAAAGCAGCAGUGCAGCAGUGCCCCCUUUAAGUCUGUGUGAUGAGCCUAAAUCCACGAGUUCAUCUUGUCUUCCAAUCGCUUAUCACGACUGCUGCAACCUCACCCGACCGAACCCUCAGGUCCUGUGUUGGAGCUGCAGGGUCUUCCACUCUUACUCCUGCAAAAGUACAGACUACUGCAAAAUCCACCACACGACCAAACCACUGGCAGUGUGUGUCUGUGGGAAGACAUGUUCCCGAAAUCCUCUGGUCCUGUGCAGAUAUUGUGGAAAUGAGUAUUGUAACGAUUGCUGGUACAGACGUCCUGUUGAGUGCGCCUGUGGCCAGACCUUUGACAUGUCGUCCCCUGUGUGAUUUGUAUUUGAAAAGUAUUGCACUAAUGAGGCACAAGUAGCAAAAUCACAUCGCCUUAAAAUCUGCACAUGUUUAAAUCAAGUACAGUUAAAUCCAAACGUUGCCUUGACUAAAUGCUGAAAUGCAGCCUUCAGUGUGUGCCAGUGUUUAUGUGGGACUCUCAUUACGCUGUCUUCCAGUUAUUCUGUAAGUGGCCAUAUUUACCAUCCUCAUCAUUUUAGAAGUAUUUCAUAUUGUUGUGAUUACAGCCUGUGCACUUGGGUCACUGAAAUGUAACCCAAGAAAGUCUGUUUUUAUCUGUAUCUGUAACCUGCACAAAAACUGGAGUAAAAAGGGUCAAUAUGUCA